AUGAACAAGUCCAUAAGUGACGCACCGAAUAAAAAUGAAGAAACGUAUCAACUUCUUGAACAACUCGAUCAUAUCCUCAAACGCCCGGAAACGUACAUCGGUUCGAAUCGACCAUGCCGAGAGGAAAUGUGGAUUGUGGAUGAAUCAAACAUAGAAGGUCCAAAAAUUGUUAAAAAGGAAAUUACAUAUGUACCCGGUCUUUACAAGAUUUUCGAUGAAAUUCUCGUUAAUGCUGCGGAUAAUAAACAGCGUGACAAAACGAUGACAUCCAUUGAAGUUGAUAUUAAUCAAGAGAAAGGCGAAAUCAAAAUUUGCAACGAUGGUCGUGGUAUUCCUGUCCGUAAAUGGGCUCAAGACGAAUCGAUCUACAUUCCAACUCUAAUAUUUGGCAAACUUCUUACAUCCGAUAACUUCAAUGAUGAUCAAAAGCGUAUUACUGGUGGUCGGAAUGGUUAUGGUGCAAAAGUAACCAAUAUUUUCAGUAAAAAAUUUACUGUCGAAACCUGCUCGAAAGAAUUCAAGAAAUUAUUCAAACAGACUUGGAUGAAUAAUAUGCGUGAUCCUCAGGAUGCGAUUAUCUCGAAAGCUGAAAGUUCCAAGGAAUUCACUCGUGUUUCAUUCAUUCCUGACUUGAAACGAUUUCAAAUGGAUGUAUUAGAUGAUGAUCAUGUUGCUCUCUUCAAACGUCGCGCGUACGAUGUUGCCGUCUCAACUGGUUGUAAGGUAACACUCAACGGCACUCGUAUUCCUGUUAAAAACAUGAAAGAUUACAUGUUGAUGUAUGUCGAUGCCGAAGAGAAAGAAGUUGUAUAUAAAAAAGUGAAUGACCGAUGGGAAGUUGGUGUCGCUAAGAAUGAUUAUAGUCAUGGCUUUAGUCAAGUUAGUUUUGUUAACUCAAUUUUGACAUCCGAUGGUGGAAAACAUGUUGAUUACAUCACCGAACAAAUUUGUCCGAAGCUUGUGGAACAUAUCAAAAAGAAGAGCAAAGCUGCUGGCGAGAAUCUCAAACCAAUGCAAGUAAAAAAUCAUCUGUUUUUAUUUGUUAACUGUCUGAUCGAAAAUCCUGAAUUCGAAUCUCAAGCAAAGAAACAAUUGGCAACUGAGAAGAAGAACUUCGGUUCGACUUGCGCAUUGAAAAGCGAUGAAAAUUUCUUCAAAGAUGUUAUUAAGAAAACUGGCAUCGUCGAGUCAGUCAUCAACUGGCUCGAACAUAAACAGGAUGCCAAAUUACAUAAACAAAGCGGUUCGAAAACGUCGAAACUGAAAGGUAUUCCGAAAUUAGAUGAUGCAAAUGAUGCAGGAACGAAAAAUUCCAUGUACUGCACGUUGAUUGUUACCGAAGGAGAUUCAGCUAAGGCACUUGCCGUCGCUGGUCUCGGAGUGAUCGGUCGUGAUCGGUACGGUGUUUAUCCAUUGAAAGGUAAAUUGCUGAACGUACGAGAAGCAACCACGAAGAAAAUGACGGAAAACAGCGAAAUCUCACAAUUAGUUAAAAUCCUCGGCUUGAACUAUGGAGAAAAAUAUGCGAAUAAGAGCGAUCUAUCCAAACUACGUUAUGGCAAAUUGAUGAUUAUGGCCGAUCAAGAUCAAGAUGGUAGUCAUAUCAAAGGCUUAGUCAUCAAUUUUAUUCACUAUAAAUGGCCGAACCUACUUAAACAUGAUUACGUUGAAGUUUUUAUUACUCCAAUUCUUAAAGUUUCCAAAGGUUCUGAAGUGUAUUCAUUUUAUUCCAUGCCAGAAUUCGAACAAUGGCAAGCGGCGACACCGGACUGGCAGAAAUGGAAAUGUAAAUACUACAAAGGUUUGGGUACAUCAACAGCCAAGGAAGCAAAAGAGUACUUCUCAAACAUGGAUCGUCAUCGGAUUAUAUUCAAAUACGAAUCUGCUAAAGAUGAUCUCGCUAUACAAUUAGCUUUCAAUAGUGCGUUGAGUGACGAUCGAAAAGAUUGGAUUAAAUGGCAUACGGAAGACAUUAAUCAACGUCGAGAACAAAAUCUACCGAUUGACUAUUUAUAUAAAAAAGAUACAAAACAAAUUAAUUUUAAUGAUUUUGUUAACAAAGAGCUUGUUCUCUUCUCCAAAUCAAGCACUGAACGUGCUAUUCCGAAUAUCAUGGACGGUCUCAAACCAGGUCAACGGAAGAUCAUGUUUGUCUGUUUUACAAAGAAUUUAGUUCGAGAAAUUAAGGUCGCCCAAUUAGGCGGUAAAGUCGCUGAAAAUUCCGCCUAUCAUCACGGUGAACAAUCGUUGACAAAUACAAUCGUUGGUCUCGCUCAAAAUUUCGUUGGCUCAAAUAACAUCAAUUUCCUUGUGCCUGCUGGUCAGUUUGGCACGCGAUUACAUGGUGGUGGCGAUGCUGCUUCAGCACGUUACAUUUUCACUCGGUUGAGUCCACUUGCUUUAUCGUUAUUCAUCAAAAGUGACGAACCUCUGUUAACCUAUUUGAAUGAAGAUGGCAUGAGUAUCGAACCUGAAUGGUAUUGUCCGAUCAUUCCAACUGUUCUGGUCAAUGGUGCACAUGGUGUUGGUACGGGUUAUUCAACAGAUAUUCCGUCGUACAAUCCAAUGACAUUGAGUAAUAAUCUAAAAUAUUAUAUUCGACAAGAACGCGAACGACAACGACAGUUGAAUAAUCCAUCAUCAGAAUCACGAAAAUAUCCCGACGUCAUUACUCUGAAGGAAUUGAUUCCAUGGUAUAAGAAUUUCACUGGUGAAAUACAAUUAUUAGAAAACGAUCGUACACGUGGUGUGAUCAAUGGUGUCUGUGCCAAACUUGAUGAAUCAUCGAUUGAAAUAACUGAUCUACCUGUUGGAACAUGGACGCAAAAUUACAAAGAAACGGUUCUCGAAGUUAUGCUUCAUCCUAAACGAAAUGACAUUCAACCAUCAAUCCUCGAUUAUAAAGAAUAUCACACGGACACAACUGUUCGUUUUGUUAUUAAAUUAACUCAUGAUCAAUUGGCGAAAUUUACCGAAGCUGGCUUACACAAGAGUUUCCGUUUACAAGAUACAUUCAAAUUAACUAACAUGGUUCUCUUCGAUCAUAACGGUAUACUUCGCCGGUAUAAGACCCCCGAAGAAAUCGUUGAAGAAUUCUUUGCUGUUCGCUUGAAAAUGUACGUGAAACGAAAAGAAUUUAUGAUUGGAACAUUGCAAUCCCAGUCUUCGAAAUUGGACAAUAUCGCUAGAUUUAUCAAGGAGAAAAUUGAAAAUGUCAUCAGCGUUGAAAACAAGAAGAUUAGUGCAGUUAUCGAUAUGCUUAUAGAAAGAAAAUACGACCGUGAUCCGGAACGAGUCUGGCGCGAAGAAGCGAAGAAGAAGUUUGCAAUUGAACUUUCUACACAUACGGUUCAUGAAGAUAGCGAUCAGUUAGCUGAUCUGCAAAGGAAACAAGAAGAUGAGGAUGACGAUGAUGAAGAUUAUGAUGGUGCGACUGAGAAAAAGAAGGCUAAAGCAAGUUCAUCAACGACGAGUCGUGUUGAUACAAGUUAUUACGAUUAUUUGAUCAACAUGUCAUUAAGAAAUCUUACAAAAGAACGUCGAGAAGAACUACUCAAAGAACAAAAAGAAAAACGCGAUAAACUGGAAGCAUUACAAAAGAAAUCACCCGAAGAUCUAUAUGAAGAUGAUCUGAUAAACUUUGAAGCUGAAUAUCAGAAAACGAUUGAAAAAGAACGUGCGGAUGAAAUGUCAGAUGUUGCUCAUCCAACUACCAAAAAAGGAGCUGGCGGAGCUAAAGAUCGUAAGCGGUUAACAGCGAAACCACAACGUGCUGAAACCAAACCAGCACCACACGGUCGCCGUAUCACACCUGUAGUCGAUCCGGCGUUAAUUAAGCGAGUCAACGAAGAAAUUGCUAAGCGUGCUAAAGAAGAAAAGGCUAUUGAAGAUAAAAAGACAAUUAUUGAAUUUCUUGUUAAAGAAGGUGUUACUACUGAAGAGAUAGCUGGCAUUAUGCAAAUGCGUUGUCGCGAUAAGAAGAAGAUUCCUGGCGCGACAGAUAAGAAGUCGGGUGAAGGUAAAGAAAAGAAAUUAAACGGCACGAUCGACGAACACGAUGAAAACAGCAAUGCAUCGAUGAUGUCCGUUAAUGGUAAUGAUAAUUCAGGUGUUGUCAAAGAAGAAAUCACACCAAAACGCAAUGCACAACGUACAGCGAAAGAAAAAGUCAGCAAAUAUGGCGGUGGCGACAAUGACGACGAAGAAGAUGAAAGUAUUAUUCGUGGUAUGGACGUCGAUGAUGAAACCGAAUCAGAGUAUAUGGGUAGUGAUUCGGAAACAGAAAAGAAAAUGAAGAAAGCAAGCGACAAACCCAAACAACCAAGGAAACCCAAAUCAGCUACUAAGUCAUCGCCGGCAAAAACGAAGGCGCCUGCUAAGAAGGCAGAAGCAAACGGCGUGCCAGAAAAAACCAAAAAGAUGGACGAUGAAGAUGAUGGUUCGUCAAAGUCGAAAGCAAAAAAGCCUCGCGCUAAAAAGGAACCUGCAUCAACACCAAAGAAAGAGACCGUUAAAAAAGAACCAAAAAAAGCAGUUAAACGACCAAAACCAGAUGACAGCGACGAAGAUGAUGUUCCGAUUUUAUCGAAUACCUCAACUCCUGCGAAAAAAAUCCGUGCUCAACGUGGCGGUGCCACGAAGAAGAGUUAUCAUUUUUCCGAUGAAGAUGACGAUGACGAAGAUUAUGCUUAG